AUGUGCUACUUUGAAGUUAAAGGAACAAAUGGAGCUUUUCAUGAAGACAAGACUAGUUUUCAUAUAUCUCAAAAUGAACUCGACAAAUGUAAAAGUAUUGCUGUAGAACGUGAAGCAUACUUUCUUAUUAUUAUCGAGCAUUGUCUCAAUCCUGCAAUGAUUGCCUUGGCUAAAGUCUUUGAUUGGAGUAGUAACUUUGAUUCAGUAUCACUGGUAAACAGUAGCUACAAAUGCAGAUUUAUUACAGUAUCACCUAUUGCUACCAAUCAGAAUAAUAUCGAGAGUAAUGUUGACGAAGAUGAAGGUUGGGAAACUGUCCGUUCUCGUCAUCGUCGAGAUUCACGACAAUCAAUAGAUUCAAAUAAUGACAACUUCUCCCAGAAUCGUGAUAAUUAUGAUCAAGGACAGCGAAAUUUCACAAAUGGUCGCAGCAAUUACCGUGGAACACACGAAACACAGCAAAGCGAUCAAUCAUGGCGAUCGCCACAACAACGUCAACAAGGAUAUACACAAAACUCUCAGCCAAGGGCCCGAGGACGAGAAUCCUUUGACAACACGGAUCGCCACGAUUACCGCGGACAGUUUAAUAACCAAAAUCAACCCAAUGGCGCAUAUGGGCCAGAACAAAACAAUCAAUCAUGGCGAUCGCCACAACAACGUCAACAAGGAUAUACACAAAACUCUCAGCCAAGGGGCCGAGGACGUGGACGAGGUGCCUUUAAUAAUGCAGGUCGCAAUUAUUAUCGUCAUUGA